AUGCCUCACGUGGACCUGCCUACGCCCACGAUUGAGAUCCUAGAUCAGGUUCAUUCGAAGCCAGACCAUAUCAAGAUAAUCCAUGUCGGGGCUGGAGCUUCUGGCCUUCUGAUGGCCUAUAAGGCCAGAAAGAUGCUUCAGAACUUCGAACUCAUUCUUUAUGAAAAAAACCCUGAGAUCGGAGGUACUUGGUGGGAAAAUCGAUAUCCAGGAUGUGCUUGCGACAUUCCAGCACAUUGCUAUACAUAUUCAUUUGAGCCGAACACGGAGUGGUCGGCAUUCUACGCUGGCAGCAGCGAGAUCCAGGACUAUUUCAUGAAUUUCUAUAAGAAAUACGAGCUAGAACCCUUUGUCAGACUUGAACACGAAGUUCUUGGCGCAACCUGGGAUGAACUCGAGGGAACUUGGGAUGUCGAAAUGCGGCACAAUGGCAAUGUAUUUCAUGACCGGUGCAACGUUUUGAUCAACGGAUCUGGUGUUGUCAACAAGUGGAAGUGGCCUGCCAUUGAGGGUUUGCACAGCUUCGGCGGCAAGCUAGCACACUCAGCUGCCUGGGAUGAAACCAUUGAUCCCACAGACCAGAGAGUUGCCGUUAUCGGGACCGGAUCAAGUUCUAUUCAAAUGGUUCCGAACCUCGCAAAGGGUGCAAAAUCCUUAACUGUUUUCAUGCGUAAUCGGUUCUGGAUCUCUCCACAGAUCCCGACAGAUACGCAGAAACUAGAGACAUCGAACCGCGAAGCAAUAAUCGGUAGGCACACCUACACCGAGGAUGACAAACGGUCCUUUCAGGACGAUGAGAACUUCCAUCUCUCCUAUCGCAAAGAAUUAGAGUCCAAGAUGGGGAAAAAGUUCUCGGUCUUUUUGCGCGGCACUCCGGACAAUGAAGCUGCCAAGAAGAUCUUCAGGGCGGAUAUGCUAAAGAAGCUUGGUCCUGGCCACGAAGAAUUGCUCGGGAAGAUAAUUCCAGAUUGGUCUCCUGGUUGUCGAAGAAUGACACCUGGAGAGGGCUACCUUGAGGCACUGGCUCAACCACAUGUAUCCACCGUGCACGAAGAAAUCGUCAAAAUCACCCCAACAGGUCUGUUGACCUCCAACGGAAAGGAGAUCGAGGUAGACAUUAUUGCUUGUGGGACCGGAUUUGAAACUGCUUACGUACCGCACUUCAAGAUUACCGGCGUCAAUGGCAUCGUCAUGCAAGAACACUGGGCAGAGGAAUCAAACAUCUACUGCUCCAUCGCCGGCCCAGGUUUUCCGAAUUACUGGGUCAUUAACGGUCCUAGAGGAAAUUGGGGACAGGGUUGUGCACUUCCAUCUCAUGAAGUUCAGAUCGAAUACACGAUCCAAUGCAUCAACAAAAUGCAAAGACACAAGAUCCAGUCUAUGGAAGUGAAGCAGAGACCUACGACAGAUUUCAAUAAUCAUAUGGACGCAUGGCACGCAAAAUAUUCUGUCUGGGCUGAGAAAUGUCGCAGCUGGUACAAGAAAAACAAACCUGAAGGCCGAGUCUACAUCUGGGGCGGGUCACUCUUACACCUGCUCAAAACGCUUCGAACCCCUCAGUUUGAGCACUACCACAUCACUUAUAAGAAUCCAGACGACUGCUGGGCAUUUUUGGGCAAUGGGCUUACCGAGGCAGAUGUGGCUGGAACAGUAGAAAGGCUGACUCCUUUUAUCAGGAAUUCUGACACUCCAUGGGAUAUUGUGUAG